AUGGACUUUGAGAAAGGGGCAAUGAACGCGGUGAACAAUGUUUUUGGUAGUGGUGUACAAGUGAAGGGGUGUUUUUUUCACUUAUGCCAGAGCACUUGGCGACACAUCCAGGGGAACGGGAUAGUGAAACUCUACAAGAGUCGUCCUGACAUCAAGCUCCACUGCGGUAUGCUGGAUGCUCUGGCCUUCCUACCGGUGGCAGAUGUACCAGCUGGAAUGCUCUUCCUUUGGGCGUCUGCUCCAGUAGAGCUGGCAGACAUCCUGCUAUACUUCGAGCAAACGUACGUCGGGGGACAGGUCGGCACCAACAGUUCAGCUCCCUUUCCUCCUCCUGUGUGGAACAUGAAUAGCAUUGUUCUCCAGGACCUGCAGAAAACAAACAAUUUCUGCGAGUCUUGGAACAACAGGUUCCAGCACCUUGUGGAAUGUACAAACCCAUCAUUCUGGACGGUCCUUCGAGCGAUUCAGAAGGACGAGGCUCUGGAGCGCACUAGUCGACUGCUACCAUCAGAACUACGACCGGUAAAUAAAAAAGAGCGCUCUUUAAGAGAAGUGAUUAAGGAAAAAUGUAUCGAGUACCGCUCAG